GACGCAGGGAGGAGGAGGCGGAGGAGCGGGGCGAUGGCCGCCGGAGGAGGAGCGGGAUGCGGGGACACGGUGGAGCAGUGCCGGGCCGAGGUGGAGCGCCUGAGCCGGGAGCUGGCCGAGGCCAACCGGGAGAAGGUGCGGGCGGCGGAGUGCGGGCUGGUGGUGCUGGAGGAGAACCAGAGCCUGAAGCAGCAGUACGCCGAGCUGGAGGCCGAGCAGGAGGCGCUGAGGAUGGAGCUGGAGCAGCUGCAGGAGGCCUUCGGCCAGGCCUACUCCACCCAGCGCAAGGUGGCGGAGGACGGAGAGACCAACGAGGAGACGCUGCUGCAGGAGUCCGCCUCCAAAGAGGCCUACUACAUGGGCCGGCUGCUGGAGCUGCAGGCGGAGCUGAAGCACAGCCGGGCCGGCGCCUCCACCCUCCAGGCCGACAACCGCCACCUGAGCACGCUGCUGCAGGAGCUCCGCGAGCAGAGUAACGAGAUGCUGGAGCUGCAGAGGAGCCGGGUCCGGGAGGAGGUCCGGGACUACAAGUUCAGGGAGGCCCGCCUGCUGCAGGACUACAGCGAGCUGGAGGACGAGAACAUCUCCCUGCAGAAGCUGGUGUCCACGCUCAAACAGAACCAGGUGGAGUACGAAGGCCUGAAGCAUGAGAUCAAGGUGCUGGAGGAGGAGGCGGAGGUGCUGAGGGUGCAGCUGCAGGACGCGCUGCGCCUGAAGGAGAUGUCGGACGCUCAGCUGGAGGAGGCGCUGGAGUCGCUGAAGAGCCAGCGGGAGCAGAAGACCCUCCUCCGCCGGGAGCUGCUCCACCACCUCAGCAUGUGUGACGUAGCAUUCACCGGCAGCGCGCACCUCGUCUUCUCCUCCGCCCCGCCCAGCGGCGCCGCCACCCCCACCACCCUGCUGUCGCCCAGCACCGAGGAUCCCGGCAGGUGUAACGGUCACCUGCAGGGCGGCGUGGCGCUGGCGUCCAGGACCAACGGAGAGUCUGGACGGAAACCCGAGGGGGGGUCCACCUCAGACCUGUACAGUGAGAUGAACAUGCCGGAGAUCCAGAAGCUGAAACAGCAGCUGCUGAUGGUGGAGCGUGAGAAGGCGGCCCUGCUCAGCAGCCUGCAGGAGUCUCAGACUCAGCUGCAGCACACCCAGGGCGCCCUGACGGAGCAGCACCAGAAGGCCCUCCAGCUCAGCCACAAGGUGUCGGCCCUGCGCCGCCUCAACAGGGCCGACCGGGAGGCCGGGGCCGGGGGCGGGGCCACGUCCUCGCCGCCGGACGCCCAGACCCUCGAGGAGCUGGACAGAGAGGAAGAGGAGGCCGAGGAGGAAGGAGACAUGCAGGACAACCAAAGCCAGGUCUUUUCAUACCAGACUCCAGGGCUGGAGAUCCUGCAGUGCAAGUACCGGGUGGCUGUGACGGAGGUGGUGGAGCUGAAGGCGGAGAUGAAGGCCCUCCGAGAGAGGCUGGCUCAGUGUGGAGACGCCGCGGCGGAGGACAAGCCCCGCAGGAACAGUCAGGUCCACAGGCUGGAGAGACAGAUGGCGUCUCUGGAGAGGAGCUGCAAGGAGGGCAAGGAGAAGGUCUCUGCUCUGGCGGCGGAGCUACAGGCGGCGCAGGCGGCGGCCAGCGAGAGCCAGGGGGCGCUGAGCGCCGCUCAGGACGAGCUGGUGACCCUGAGCGAGGAGCUGGCUCAGCUCUACCGCCACGUCUGCCUGUGCAACAACGAGACCCCCAACCGAGUCAUGCUGGACUACUACAGACAGGGCCGGGGGCUCCGGGGCCUCAGCGCCAGUCUCAAAGCCAUGUCCUCGGACAACAGCAAAGUUCUCCUCACGCCCCGCCUGGCCCGGCGCCUGGCGGCCGUCACCUCGGCGGCCUCCACCCCCGGCGAGUCCCGGAGCCCGUCGGAGUCUCCGUCCAAAGAGCCCCUCUCCGGGGGGGCGGGGAGAGAGGAGGGGGAGGCUCUCCAGGUCCCGUCGGAGCAGGGCCUCCUGCCCUGCACGCCUCCCAGCCGCUCGCCCAGCAUCAGUGCCUCUUCGUCAUCCUCCUCAUCCUCGUCCCCCGCCAUGGAGCCGGCCGGAGAGCUGCGCAGGGAGCCGCUCAACAUCCACAACCUCAACGCCAUCAUCAGAGACCAGGUGAAGCACCUCCAGCGGGCGGUGGACCGGUCCCUGCAGCUGUCCCGGCAGAGGGCCGCCGCCCGCGAGCUGGCCCCCCUGCUGGACAAGGACAAGGACGGCUGCAUGGAGGAGAUCCUCAAGCUGAAGUCUCUGCUGAGCACCAAGCGGGAGCAGGUCGCCACGCUGAGGCUGGUGCUGAAGGCCAACAAGCAGACAGCCGAGGUGGCUCUCUCCAACCUGAAGAGUAAGUACGAGGCGGAGAAGUCCAUGGUGACCGACGCCAUGACCAAGCUCCGCAACGAGCUGAAGGCCCUGAAGGAGGACGCCGCCACCUUCUCCUCCCUGAGAGCCAUGUUCGCCUCAAGGUGUGAUGAGUACGUGACGCAGCUGGACGAGAUGCAGCGGCAGCUGGCGGCGGCGGAGGACGAGAAGAAGACGCUGAACUCGCUGCUGCGGAUGGCCAUCCAGCAGAAGCUGGCGCUCACACAGCGCCUGGAGGACCUGGCCUUCGACCAGGAGCAGACCCACCGGACCAGGGGGGGCAGGCUGGCCCGGGGCAAAUCCACCACCCCCAAAGUGAGUCCCCCCGGCUCGGGUUCGGCCUCCGCCCUGGCCCAGGCGCCCGGCAGCCUGCCCAGUCCCUCGUCGGUGGUCCUGGACCCCCCCGGCCCCCUCAGCCCCUCCACGGCCGCUCUGGCCUCGGCGCUCACCUCCCCCACGUCGCUCCUGCCCCCCCGUAGUCCGUCGUCGCCCUCCGUCAGCUCGCUGGCCGGCCCCCAGGCGCCGGAGCACCCCCCCUCUCUGGAGGCGCCCCUGUCCCCGUCCAGGCAGACCCCCCCCUCCACCCCCCUGAGGAUGGCCCACUCCCAGUGGACCCUCGGGGUGCGGACGUUUGUGGUGGACUCCCACAGCUUCAGUGUUAACAUCUCUCCGGCCUCGCCCCGCCCCCCUGCCACCACCGCCCCCCCCGGCGCCAGGCCCGCCCCGCCGGGCUCCGCCCCCUCCUCGCCGUACCGCUCCCCCCUGCAGGGCCUGCGGCGCUCCACGUGGAGCUCGUCGCCCCGGACCCGGCCCCUGUCCAGCAUGGCUCGCUCCUCGCUGCUCCACGCCCCGCCCUCCUCCUCCCUGUACUCCUCCUACUCCCCCUCCCCCGCCCACAGCCACGCCUCCUCCUUCUCCCCCUCCCCCGCCCACAGCCACGCCUCCUCCUACUACAGCUCCUCCUCCAGCUCCUACCUCAGCCCCGCCUCCUCCGCCCCCUACAGCCACUCCACCCACUACACGCCCCUCUACCCCAGGUACUACAGCUCCUACCGGCCGCGGGAGUGACUCCCGCCGGCCCCGGCCCCGCCCCCGCCCCCCCGCCGUCCUGGAGACGGGCUCUUGGGACAGAGAGGACGGCUCCAGGGUGUCCUGUCCCCCACCUCCAGGUUUCCUGUGCCUACGCCUCGCUGGGUUCUGAAUGUUCACGGACUUCGCUCAGGGAUUCCACACAAAGGAGCACAACGUGGCCCCGCCUUCCUUUAUUCCGAGACUGCUGAUUGGAGGACGUCAACGGAGACUUUUUACUGAGAGUUUUUAAAGUUUAGGUUCUUCAGGUUGAGACGACACGUGCAUGAAGUUCGAACACGAGACGGACGCUCACGACAUUCAUCCUGUGUACCGACGUAAUGUAACACUGCUAUACUGUAUACACACACACACACACACACACACACACUGUAGACCACACACCUCCUGCGCUGAUACUCCUCACUGAUACUCCGAUUCCAACAUGAAGGAACAGAAACACUCAAGAUCUCCUUCCUGGUUCAGCCUUGAACUGAAGAAGACUCGUUAAAAAAAGGUUUCAAAUAAACCUCAGCUGGAAAUCUGCGUUUAAAAAAUCCAUUUCAGAUCUGAGUCUUCAACAGCCACAUUUUAACAUCAGGACUCAUUUCAGUCAU